CCCCGCGGGUGCGGCAGCGCUCCGGGGAGCGGCGGCGCAGGGGUGCUGGAAGCUCCCCCUCCCCUCCAGCCUGACCCCCGCCCCCCAGCGCCCCUGCCCCCUCCGCGGCUUGGCCCACGCGUGGCCGUGGCCCGGCUCUCGGCUCCCUGCCCUGCCAUUGCCCUUUUAAGAGCCGCGCCGGGGGGGGAGGGAGGCAGCGGGAUUCCUGGAACAGCCACGCAAAAAAAAAGAAAAAAAAAAGGGAAAAAAAAAAGAAGAAAAAAAAAGGGGGAGGGAGAGAAACCCCCGCCCCCCCUCCCCUCCCGUCCCCUCCCCUCCCCCCGCGCAGCCCCGCGGCCGCUGCUGCCUGCGCGGCGGUUUCAAGCUCCCCGGCGGCGCGGGGCGUUCGCGGCGCUCCGGGCCCGGAGCCUGCUGGAGCGGAGCGAUGGAGCGGGGGCGCCGCGCCGGCUCCCGCCGCUGACAGGUGCCGGGCAGGCGAGGUCCCGGCGCGGCCGCAGCAUGUACGCCAAGGGGAAGGGCUCCGCCGUGCCCUCCGACAGCCAGGCCCGCGAGAAGUUGGCGCUGUACGUGUAUGAGUACCUGCUGCAUGUGGGAGCCCAGAAAUCUGCACAGACCUUCCUCUCGGAGAUCCGAUGGGAGAAGAACAUCACGCUGGGGGAGCCCCCGGGGUUCCUGCACUCGUGGUGGUGCGUGUUCUGGGACCUGUACUGCGCAGCCCCUGACCGCCGGGAGACGUGUGAGCACUCCAGCGAAGCCAAGGCCUUUCACGACUAUAGUGCUGCCGCUGCUCCCAGCCCUGUGAUGGGGAACAUGCCCCCCAACGACGGGAUGCCAGGAGGACCCAUGCCCCCUGGCUUCUUUCAGGGGCCCCCGGGCUCGCAGCCGUCGCCGCACGCGCAGCCGCCCCCGCACGCCCCCAGCACCCCCAUGCUGGGCCCGCACAGCCAGCCCUUCAUGUCCCCGCGCUACCCCGGCGGGCCGCGGCCCGCGCUCCGCAUGCCGAGCCAGCCGCCCGUGGGCGUCCCGGGCUCGCAGCCGCUGCUGUCCAGCGCCAUGGACCCCGGCGCCCGCUCGCAAGCGCACCCGACCCUGGGCGGCCCGAUGCAGCGCAUGACCCCCCCGCGCGGGAUGGCGGGGAUGGCGCCGCAGAGCUACGGCACCGGGAUGCGGCCGCCCACCGCGCUGGCGGGCCCGGGGCUGCCGCCCAUCAGCAUGGGCCCGGGCGGGCGGGGGCCGUGGCCGAACCCCAGCGCCAACUCGAUCGCCUACUCCUCGUCGUCCCCCGGGAGCUACGUGGGUCCUCCCGGAGGCGGCGGCCCCCCAGGAACCCCCAUCCUGCCCAGCCCCGGAGACUCCACCAACUCCAGUGAGAACAUGUACACCAUGAUGAACCCCAUCGGGCCCGCCGGCCCCCGGCCCAGCUUCCCGAUGGGACCCGGCCCCGACGGCCCCAUGGGGGCGAUGAGCGCCAUGGAGCCGCACCACAUGAACGGAUCCCUGGGCUCCGGCGACAUGGACGGGCUGCCCAAGAGCUCCCCGAGCAACCUGGCGGGCAUGAGCAACCCGCCCGGCACCCCGCGGGACGACGGCGAAAUGGGCGGCAAUUUCCUGAACCCCUUCCAAAGCGACAGCUACUCGCCCAGCAUGACAAUGAGCGUGUGAUCCGGCUCCGACGCCCGGCCCGGCCCGGCCGACGCCCCCGGCCCUGCCCUCUGUAUUUCACGCAGACCCAGGAGCCGCCCGGCCCGGCCCGGCCCGGCCCGGCCCGGCCCGGCCCGGCCCGCCGCGGGGAGCCCCGUCGGGGCUGGGGGGGAGGGGGGGGCAGCGCGGGGCUCGCCCGCCCCGUGCAGCAUGGGGGAGGGGGGUAUUUAUUGAAGGGUAGUUUUGCUGUACCGGGGCUCCUCCGGGACCCUCCCCGCCCCGCUGCUCCUGCCGGUCCCCCCCGCCCCGCGCCCUGGGCCGCAGGGAGCUGCAGUUCCCGCAGCGGCCGCCGGGGGCGCCCCGGCCCGAGCUGUGCUACCCCGGGGCAGGGGUGCGGCCGGAGCCCCCAAGCCCCGGGGGGACACUGGCCCGCGGGGCCCAGCCGCUGCCCGCGCGCUCCGGGCCCGCAGUGUGGGCUGGCAGGGGGAGCAGGGCAGGCUUGCACCCCGCUGUGCAGCUGGGAGGGAUGGGGAGCCAGCUGUGCCCCCAGGCACCCCACCCGGCCCCGCCAGCUGUGCCUGCACCUGAGGCAGCAGGGCUGGGGUGUGGGGGGGUAAGCCCACAGCUGCAGGCCUUCCCCCCCCUUCUCCGCAGCCAGACCCUGCCCUGCUCCCUGCAAGAGCCCCCUGACCUGGGGGCUGCCCGGCCAGCGCCCCCUCCCACAGGGUGCAAGGGCCUGGCGGUGGGGGCUCUGUUUGCCCUGGGCUAGCUCAGCAGCACCGGUGCGCUCGCUGAUGGGUCACAGCCAGGGGCACCGUCUGCCCCCAGCCUGGGUGCGAGGGCAGAGGGGACCCCUGCCCCUCCGUGAGCACCCGCAGCCCCCUCCCCUCAUCUGGACCUGCCCUGUGGAGGGGUCCUGGUCUUCACAGGCCUCCAGGGCAGGGGCCGGCUGCGGGGUCCCAGCCCUGGCCCCAGCCCCGCCAGGCCCAGUCUGUUUGCUCAGCCGCCACUGUGACCCCCUGCCCCCGAGGGACAGACUGCGGGCCAGGCCGGGAGGGGCGAGGCCCCCUCCCCCCCACAGGGGCUCCGACCCCGCUCCGAGAAGGGACCACUUUUAACUUUACUAUGAAGGAUUUUUGUCCUCUUUUAUAAACAGAAAGGACCUCAGCCCCUGCCAUGUCUGCAUUCCCCUGCCGCGCACCCCGACGCCGCUUUGUACAGCCCCCCGCACCCGCCCCAGCCUCCCCCGCACGGGAGCCUGUUUCUGACCGGGGCGCUGCUCUGCUCCCCGGUGCCGUUCAGUUUGGCUCCCGGCCCCCUCGUGCCGCGCUGCGCUGCCCUCCGCGUUGUGCCCGGGGCCCUUUGCAUUCCCGCAUAGGGGCAGCGCCCGCCCUAGGCUUAGCCGUUCUGUGUAGGGACCGCGUCCGGUCUUCCCAGUCGGGAGAACCUGUAGCCUGAGAGUUGCUUGUCAAAGAAAGAAAACAACCGAGACCACAAGGACCCUCUGCAGAAACCUGCAUCAAUAAAUGGAAUUUGAUUUUUUUUUCA